AUGCGUGUGUCAAUAUGCCCGAUGGUGGAGCAAGCGCUGCUCGCAAGAAGGCGAAGCGGCCGAAACUUUGCUACAUCACCACGGGAAAAGCUUGGUGUCAGCUGGAAUUGCAGCGAGGAGGAAGUCCGGAAAGCCUUCCGCCAACGUGCGAAGGCCGUGCAUCCGGACAUGCAGCCUCCCGGCAGCGACAGCGAGGUUGCCGCGAAGAAGUUUCGUGAGCUCCAGGACGCUUAUGCCGAAGUGUUGCAGGAAAUGCGCGGCAUUGCAAGGAGACCAGACCGCAGGCAGAGGCACGAUGGGCCAGAACCUGCGUACAAGAGCAAAGAUUGGGAUGCGGCACGGCGUCAGCCACCUGCGAGUAAUCAGGGUCCGUCGGGCGUAUCGAUUGCAUCAUUCCUGGCAUGCACUGCCGCCAUCAUGUACAGCAUGUUCGGUCCGGCGGAAGAAGCGCUCGACCGUGAGGAGAAGCAGAACUUUGCUGCGAAGCGCGUGCGCCUUCGCCAGGAACAGGCAGAGCGUGAGCAACGUGAGCUGAAGCAGCAGCUGGAACGCCGCGCCGGACGGCCCACAGCAUAG